AUGAGCGUGUGCGACGAAGAUGUUCGGCGUGCGAUGGAGCUACAGCAACUCGUGCCAUCACGCUCCCGGGGUGUGUACAUGCGCGUGAAACGUCUGCGCAGCUGGGACGCCGCAGGUGAGGAGGAUGCGGCCCCGUCGCGCCUGCGGAUUCGCCUGGAAAAAAAGGACGAUGUCAAAAAUAUAGUGUGCCGCGCGUUGGGUAGUGUGGCAUUAUCACCGCCUGCGUCGUUGGGCACAGAGCAAGCUUCGUGCACGUUGCACUUUCGGCUGCUCCCAAAAGUGGGAGUUUCCGCCCCUCCCGUUCACGCGCCAAGUAACAUGCACGACGGUGUCUUUCCCGCCCCAAGUCCGCGGCUGUCAGUUGAGCGGUUGUGGAGCCUACGAGGCUGCACGGUGAUGGAUUGUGCGGCAGUGGAGCGGAAGCGGGGGCUCAAUUCACCUUCUAUACUCGGAACAGAGGAAGAAAAGGUUGACAGGCGGACCACAGCAGCAGAGGCCACACAAAAAUGGUUACUCUAUGUGCUUGACAGGGAGGCUAUCGGCGAGGAGGAUGAACUGGAAGAAGAAAAUGAAGCGGCAACAGCAACUGACGAUGAAUUUUGCUUUGACGACUUGACCAUCACACGAGCUCAAGAGGACGGCGGGGUUGACACGUCGGAGGUUGGCGUGGGGACAUGCCGCGUCCGCCGCAAGCGGUUUCGGGACACGGAUGCGCCGGAGUAUAGCUUGUUGCUGGGGCCGUGCGCUGCAGCGGGUGACGACCACCCACAUGGCUGCGAGGAGGCACUCUCACUCUUUGACACUCUGCGGGACCAUGGGCAGGACUGCUUGCUGCUGGAGGAAGAUGCGGGUUGUGAGCCGGAGCUGUACAUUUAUCCCGACCACCGCAGAGACGACGAGUACGACAGCAACGCGGCGGAUUUUUCGGCCAACGAGUACCCGGAAGAGCUGAGCACGGGCAGCGACACGACGGGGCGGACGGACUCAGAGGAGAGAAAUGGCACGGCGCGGCGCCGCCAUGGGCGUUACGGGAGCGUGUGGUACGACGAGGGCUACACAGAGGCCUCCCUCAGCAGCGGAUGGAACAGCUCCGGGGAUGACUACUAA